AUGAUGAACAGACACUGUUUCGAGACGUUGGAUCGCACAAUGCGUGAUAUUAUAAGAUCUUCUAAAGACAAACCUUUUGGGGGUAAAGUUGUUGUUUUCGGUGGAGAUUUCAGACAGAUUUUACCGGUUAUACCUGGAGGUGGUAGAGCAGAAACUGUUUUGGUGGCUCUGAAUUCGUUAUAUCUUUGGGAGCACUGCAAAGUUUUGAAGCUAACAAAAAACAUGAGAUUGCUGGCUGGUCUUACUGAUGAUGCAGCAAAAGAGCUUGAAUCCUUCUCAAACUGGAUUUUGGAUAUUGGAGAUGGAAAAAUAAAUUUGCCUAACGACGGUCAAGUUGAGAUUGACAUCCCUUCUGAUUUGCUGAUACAAAAUAGUGGAGAAGACCCUAUUGAGACUAUGGCAAAAGAGGUUUAUGGACAAGCUUUUCAAACUUCAACAGAUAAGGAUUUGUAUAGACAUCGAGCCAUUCUUACUCCCACAAAUGAUGAAGUGGAUAAAAUAAAUGAUUACAUGCUUUCGCAGUUGCCAGGAGAAGAGAAGGUUUACCUUAGCUCUGACAGUAUUAUCCCAUCCGAUGUUGACAUAGAAGAAAAUGUAGUAUAUCCUGCAGAGUUUUUGAACAGUGUUAAAGUGGCUGGAAUGCCUAGACAUUGUUUGAAGCUCAAGGUUGGUGCUCCUAUCAUGUGUCUUCGUAACAUGGAUGUUGCAGAUGGCUUAUGUAAUGGUACUAGGCUAAUUGUUACUCAGUUACUGCCCCAUGUGAUAGAAGGUAGAAUUAUAACCGGAAACAAAAUUGCUGGACAUCCGGUUUGGAUCCCUAGAAUGUUUGUCAUACCACCUGACACAAAGUUUCCCUUCAGAAUGCGUCGAAGACAGUUUCCAGUUACUUUGGCUUUCGCGAUGACCAUCAACAAAAGUCAAGGUCAAACACUGGAAAGUGUUGGGUUGUUUCUGCCUAGGCCAGUGUUCUCUCAUGGUCAGCUCUACGUUGCACUUUCAAGAGUUAAGUCAAGAUCUGGAUUAAAAAUUCUAAUAACUG